AUGGCGUUUCCUUUGGACAAGUGUUGGGAAAAUAUGCCUGAAGUGCCUCACGAAGAUCUUCAUCAACUGAAUGUGCUGACUUUUACACUAUACAACCACAAGCACUGGAUUGCCAAACAAUAUUUUUACAAGAAUCUAUACAAAACCCAAUUGAAACAGUUGACAGGUGAGGUUUAUUUUGCAUCACAUUUCCACAUCUUAACAUACGAAGGUCUGUUAUCG